AGUAGGUUGAUCGCCACCGACUGUAUGUAUCACGACUAACAUAUCGCAGUGCUGGAGGCACGCUUAGAACAGGCCAACCUUCUCAAGAAGGUAUGCAUCAGCUCUCAGCGCACAUCCAACACGGUCUAACGUGGCUUCAGAUCGUCGACGCCAUCAAGGAUCUCGUCCAGGAUUGCAACUUCGACUGCAAUGACUCGGGUAUCGCGCUGCAGGCCAUGGACAACUCGCACGUUGCCCUCGUCUCCAUGCUGCUGAGGUCCGAGGCCUUUUCGCCCUUCCGCUGCGACCGCAACAUCGCCCUCGGUAUCAACCUGGGCUCGCUCACAAAAGUCCUCCGCGCGGCGCAGAGCGACGACAUCCUCACACUCAAGGCCGAAGACGCGCCUGACGUCGUCAACCUGGUGUUCGAGAACAGCGCGUCCGACAGGAUCAGCGAGUACGACAUCAAGCUCAUGGACAUUGACCAGGAGCACCUGGGCAUCCCAGAGACUGAAUACGCCGCCACCAUCUCUAUGCCCGCUGCUGAGUUCCAGCGCAUCUGCAGAGACCUCACUGCGCUGUCGGAGUCGGUAUCGAUCGAGUGCACAAAGGAGGGCGUCAAGUUCAGCUGCCAGGGUGACAUUGGCUCGGGCUCCGUCCAGCUGAGACAACACACCAACGUCGACAAGCCCGGCGAGAACGUCGAGAUUGACCUCAGCGAGCCCGUCUCCCUCACCUUCUCGCUCAAGUACCUGGUCAACUUCUGCAAGGCCAGCGGGUUGUCCGACACCGUCAAGCUGAGCCUGUCCAGCGAGGUGCCCCUGCUUGUCGAGUAUGGCCUGGCCAACAACAGCUACCUGAGGUUUUACCUCGCGCCCAAGAUUGGCGACGAGGAGUAA